AUGGGUCGAGGCUCAUGGGAGGAGGUGGCAGUGGAAUGGGUCGACAGAGCAUUGGAUCCAAAUGAGGAUGAUAUGGAUGAGUCAGUCUGCGAGAGAGUAGAUAAAGCAUGGGAUAUGGGAGAAAGAGGAGAUAGACAAAACGCACAGCACACGACCCGCACAGCACACACGGCUCACACAGCACCCGACUCGCACAGCACACGACCCGCACAGCACAAGACCCGCACAGCACAAGACCCGCACAGCACAAGACCCGCCCAGAACACGACCCGCACAGCACAAGACCCAAACAGCACCCGACUCGCACAGCACACGACCCGCACAGCACAAGACCCGCACAGCACAAGACCCGCACAGCACACGACCCGCCCAGCACACGACCCGCCCAGCACAAGACCCGCCCAGCACAAGACCCGCACAGCACAAGACCCGCCCAGCACACGACCCGCCCAGCACACGACCCACACAGCACAAGACCCGAACAGCACAAGACCCGCACAGCACACGACCCGCACAGCACAAGACCCGCCCAGCACAAGACCCGCACAGCACAAGACCCGCCCAGCACAAGACCCGCCCAGCACAAGACCCGCCCAGCACACGACCCGCACAGCACACGACCCGCACAACACAAGACCCGCACAGCACAAGACCCGCAUAACACAAGACCCGCACAGCACACGACCCGCACAACACAAGACCCGCACAGCACAAGACCCGCAUAGCACAAGACCCGCACAGCACACGACCCGCACAGCACACGACCCGCACAGCACACGACCCGCACAGCACACGACCCGCACAGCACACGAUCCGCCCAGCACAAGACCCGCACAGCACAAGACCCGCACAACACAAGACCCGCACAGCACAAGACCCGCACAGCACACGACCCGCACAGCACAAGACCCGCCCAGCACAAGACCCGCACAGCACAAGACCCGCCCAGCACAAGACCCGCACAGCACAAGACCCGCAUAA